ACGCUCUCUCUCUCUCUCUCUCUCUCUCUCUCUCUCUCACACACACACACAGUCUACGUCUCUCUUUUCUUUAAUGGAGACGAAGAAACUAAUAAAUUCCAUAUCAUCACCGUUUCACUCCUCUUCAACAUUCUCUUCUUCUUCUUCUUCUUCUGCACUUCCUUACAUUAACGCCGCGAUUCCCGAGGCCAAUUCCUCCCCAAGAUAAAGGUUUUGCCUUUUGAUAUUCCAGUGUAAUAGUUGGUUUCAUGAAGGCUGAGCAGUGAAAAUAGCGGCGACAAAUUCCAAGAUGGAGAAAAAAAUGACUUCAGCAAAGCUGUCUGAUAGGAAAGGUGCUCUUGAUUUGGCCUCAUGGAUGUUUAAUGUUGUCACAUCUGUUGGAAUAAUACUUGUCAACAAAGCCUUGAUGGCUAAAUAUGGCUUUAGCUUUGCUACAACAUUAACUGGUCUUCAUUUUGCCACAACAACCUUGUUGACUGUUAUUCUUAGGAGGCUGGGAUAUAUCCAGGCCUCUCAUCUACCAAUUUCCGAUCUUCUGAAAUUUGUUUUAUUUGCAAACUUUUCCAUAGUUGGGAUGAAUGUGAGUUUAAUGUGGAAUUCUGUGGGAUUCUAUCAGAUUGCAAAGCUGAGUAUGAUCCCGGUAUCUUGUUUUCUCGAAGUUGUCUUGGACAAGGUGCGAUACUCAAGGGACACGAAACUUAGCAUAAUAUUAGUCCUUCUUGGUGUUGCAGUCUGUACUGUUACAGAUGUGAGUGUCAAUGCAAAGGGUUUUAUAGCUGCUUUAGUGGCGGUUUGGAGCACGGCACUGCAGCAGUAUUAUGUACACUAUCUUCAGCGGAAUUAUUCUCUUGGAUCUUUCAACUUAUUGGGGCAUACUGCUCCAGCACAGGCAGUAUCCCUUCUUUUAGUCGGGCCCUUUCUGGAUUGUUGGUUGACUGGUAAAAGAGUUUAUGCAUAUGACUACACUCUCACAUCUGUGUCAUUCAUAAUUCUGUCCUGUACCAUUGCGGUAGGGACCAAUCUCAGUCAAUUCAUCUGCAUAGGCAGAUUUACGGCUGUGUCAUUCCAAGUGCUUGGUCAUAUGAAGACUAUUCUGGUCCUGAUUUUAGGAUUCAUUUUCUUUGGGAAAGAAGGUCUCAAUUCACAAGUAAUUUUGGGUAUGUUAAUUGCCGUUGCGGGAAUGAUGUGGUAUGGCAACGCCUCAGCUAAGCCAGGAGGGAAGGAGCGGCGUAGCCAUUCAACUCCAAGCAACAAAUCACAAAGACAUGUUGGGUCGACGGAGUCCACUGAGCUGCUGGAUGACAAGGUCUAGAUUUAUAGUGAAAUGUUGAAGACGAGAAAAAUUGAGCUUUUUAGUUAGCAGGUCCGCAUGUUUCUUUACACCUAGGAGGCAGAUCCCUCAAUUACUAUAAAAUUUUCUCAUCAUAGUUCAUAUUGUUCUUGAAGGAAAAGAAUGCUGUUGAAGGGGGUGCAAGACUGCAACUUCCCCAUUAAAAUUACAUUGUUCCAUAAAUAUUAUACAUUGUAAUUUAUUUCUUAUUCAAUUUUAAGCCUUUUUUUUAUGCUC